GACUCUCCGUCGCACUGGCCCCGCCCCCUGCCGCCUUCGUUCGUCGGGAGCGGCGGAGAUGCGCUGCACUUGUCCGGCGUAGAUCAGGGCCGCUGUUCGUUUCCUAUCCGUGUUUCCUUCGUGUUAGCGGGUCACAUCCGUCCGUGUGCCAUGGCCUCUGUGCGGCCCGGAAGCCCACGGUGACAUGCGUCCACGGAGCGCUGAACCUGUUCCCUCCCGCACGGCACGAACCCCGUGAAGCAGCAGCAGGCCGCGUCUCCUCCGCACCCACGAUCAUGUCGGGGAAUCAUUACAAAGGCCACGAAGUCAGCUGCUGCAUCAAAUACUUCAUCUUCGGAUUCAACAUCCUGUUCUGGCUGCUGGGCAUGGCCUUAGUGGGAAUCGGACUGUGGGCGUGGAGCGAGAAGGGGGUCCUGUCCAACAUCUCAUCUAUCACAGACCUGGGGGGUCUGGACCCGGUCUGGCUCUUCAUGGUGGUUGGGGGGGUUAUGUUCAUCCUGGGCUUUGCCGGAUGCAUCGGAGCGCUGCGGGAAAACACGUUUCUCCUGAAGUUUGAGGACGUGAUCAACACUCAGUGUGGCUACGACAUACGAGCCAAACCAGACUCCGAGCAGAAGGACUACAUCAACGUUAAAGGCUGCGUGCCCCAGUUUGAGAAGUGGCUGCAGGACAACCUCACGCUGGUGGCGGGGAUCUUCAUCGGCGUAGCGCUGCUGCAGAUUUUUGGCAUUUGUUUGGCUCAAAACUUGGUGAGCGACAUCGAGGCGGUGCGGGCGAGCUGGGUGCCCCCCCCUCUCUACAUGCGCCGACUCCCACCGUACUCCAGCAAGAAAGCGUCGGCUUACUACUCGUGAGACACUCGCACACACACCGCAUGUGUGUUUGUCACCGUUUCUUUACCUAAUGCAGCGUUUAAGCUCCAGCACCGUCGGGGACCUGAUCACGGCACCAUCCCUUCACUGAACCAGCACCUUUGUUCCAAGGCACUAAUAUGUGAAAUGACUUGUAUAUAAACACUGUGAGUAACUACUGUACAAAGACUGAGCACUGUUAGCAUUCGCAGCGCUCCAGGUUUGAUAGCUACACGUAGAGAGUAGAAGUUUUGAUAAUGUUUUUGAUAUUAGAUAUUUUUCACUGUAGUC